AGCUGCUUCUCUGAGCUGCUGGUCAUGUCAGGGAGCUGAGGAGUUGCAACCUACGAUUCUCUACUGCUGGAUGUCCCGGAGAAACGAGAGACUCUCCGCAGCCAAAGCCUUUUCUGCCUUCCCUGAGUGGCUGACAGCAAAAAUCGGCAGAAGUGACUCCCAAUAGGAAGAGACUCAUAUCUUGCAAGAACCAUUCCAGCUUCACGCAUCACCUACCACAUCAUGGCUAUAGUCCUCCACUCCAGCCCCCUCCUAUGGACACGGCUGGCAGCGCUGGUCUUCUCCUGCAUUGCCUUCUCCGUGGCAGUGCAUGGAGGCAGACUCUACCAUGGCACCGGAGACUGGUGCAUCUUCUGCUGGGCCUUCAGCUUCGCCGGGACUCUGCUUGUCAUCCUGGUGGAGCUGUUCGGCCUUCAGACCAGAGCCCCUGUUUCCUGGAAGAAUUUCCCUAUCACCUUCGCCUGCUACGCUGCCCUGCUCUGCCUGUCUGCCUCCAUCAUCUUCCCCCUCUACUUCCUCAAGGGCUCAACAGGACCAAGUGAAACGCGUGACUACCGAAUCGUGGCGACCGUCUUCUCCUGCCUGGCCACCAUCGCCUACAUGACCGAGGUUAGCAUCAGCAAGGCGCGUCCAGGCGAGGUGGCCGGCUACAUGGCCACAGCCCCCGGCCUGCUGAAAGUCUGCGAGACCUUUGUGGCCUGCAUCAUCUUCGUCUUCGUCAGCGACCCCGUGUUGUACGACCGUCACGAUGCACUCAAGUACUGCAUGUCAGUCUACUGCAUCUGCUUCAUUCUGUCGGCUGCCAUCAUCCUGCUCUGCAUAGGUGAAUGCACCGGCUGCCUCCCCUUCCCGUUUGCACGCUUCCUGUCUGCCUAUGCCCUCCUGGCCGUGGUCCUCUAUCUGUCAGCAACCAUUAUCUGGCCCAUCUUCAACUUUGAUCCCAAGCAUGGUGGAACAAAAGAUAGGCCCUACAACUGCAACACCGCGCUGGGGCUGUGUGUGUGGGAUAAGACCAUGGCGGUGGCUGUGCUCACUGCUGUCAACUUUAUCCUUUACCUGGCUGACCUGAUCUACUCCACCCGCCUGGUGUUUGUCAGCGCUUGAGGGAAGAGAAAAGGUAUUAGGCCUGCAGUAUGCUCAAAAUAUAAAUUGAAUUAGGCAGGUUCUCAAAGGCUGUUGAACUGCUGUCAAAUACAAUGCUGCGAGCCAAUGCUAGUGUAAUCACUGUUUAAUGGCAUUCACACCAGCGGGAGGAGCAUCUGGGUCACGGUGGGAGCAAACUAUAGAGUUUUAGCACAACUGGUAUAGUUCAUUGUAGUAUUGUAAUCAAGUGUGACUCCAUUUGUUGUUUGAAAUUUAAAAAUCACAGGGUUUAAUUUCACGUUCACAAAGUACUUGUGUAACGAUUGGCCCAGGAUGUUUAGUGGCCAACCCAAGUUAUUAAAAGAUUAUCUUGCGUUUGGAUUUUUUUUUCUAGGACUGGGUGGCAUGGAGAAAACCAAUUAUCACAAUAUUUUUGACCAAAUACUUUAAUAUCAAUAAUGUGAUAUUGUUGUAGGGCUAACUAUUGGUGCUUUCACAAAAUACUUACACAAUGAGGUUUUUGAUAAACAAUCAUCAGUAAUGUGGAUUUAAUGACUAUGUGAGUAAAGGCAAGUAAUAGAGCAGCUUAAACAGUCUAAGUUCAGGAAUUUACAUCAUUUUACUGUAAUGUAGCCUUUAAACCCAAAAGAAGACAACACUUAGGAUAUAAUGAUAUCCAAAAUCUAAGACAAUAUUUGGUCUCAUAUAACAAUAUUGAUAUGAUAUAGAUGCCCAGCCUUAUUUUUCACAGUUACGCCUCUGCAAACCUGCCAAAUUUGAUUUUGUAUAAAGUAUACUGCUUCGGACCAUAGAGAGAGAGGAGUGAAAGGUGGAGGUCAAUGGCUAUGUUUACACGUACAACAAUAUUCCCUUAAAUUACUGAGGCUUUCUCUUCAUGUGUUGGAGCAUGUAACAGUCAUACCUUGCUUCCAGUGGUCUGGAUAGAUUGUAAUCUUGAUUACGGGAGACCUGAAUGUAAUUGCUGGAUCGUUUUGUUAAUGGCAGAUCAUUGCCAAUUGCAAUACUCAAAAUACAAGAUCAUUCAUGUAUAAAGAGAUGUUCUGGGGUAAGCUAUCAAACGAAUCUCCUGAACAAGGAUACAAGCUAACACCAAAGAUACUAUGUGCAUGUAAACAUAGUCUGGAAUGACAAAUGAAGAAAAACCAAAGAAAAUGGCGGCUUAUUAUUGUGUUUUUGUUUUUUGCAUAAUGUAUAUGUUGUUGCUCUGCCUAAAUUUUGUUUUCAAUUUAAAGGAUAAAAUGUAGAAAAAUAAUGAGCUGAAAGGAGCCAAGAUUAAGUUAAUUGUUGGAGGAAAUAUUCAUAUGCCAUACGAUUAGAAAUUCAAGACUCCUGUUUUGUUUUUUGAUUAUUUCAUUAAAGGAAUUGACUGUUUUCCCAACAGUUUGCACAGUAGCUGAUCAGGUUGAAUCAUUCAUGUCAUUUUUAAAUGGCUCCAGUGUUGUAAGGCUUGAAGGAGAGCAAAAUAGUUUACAUGCUAGGCUAGCUUUUUGCUCCUAUUAUGAUAUAUGUGUUUCUGUAAUUGCAAGCUACAAUCAAUGGCAAGAAAAUACAGUAUAUAUGUGGAAAGAUCAUAUGCAAAACAACAAGAAAAGUAUGUUUAAAGUGCACUUAAUAUUAGUAUUUUCUAUGUAUGUUCAAAUUUCUGGUGUUUCCAAAUAUCAAAGCAUCUUUUAACACCAAACUCACACCACUAAAUUGAUGCACGUUGUCAAUUGGGUCUAUUGGUUUUGUACUGCUGUAAAAAAUAUUCAGAGGAAGAGACCAAAAUGAUGCUUCUCUCUCUCUAGAUGUUGUUACUGUUAUAUUCUUCAGCUUUUUUAUAUUCCACUGUUCGUGUUUGAAUUGUGCAUACCACAUCAGUGUUGUAGGAAAACAUAAUCCAGUGUUUCAAUAAAACCACAUGUUAAACAGG